AUGGCCCGAACGUGCGAGAGACAGAGAUACAGCACCAUCAGGCUCUCCGCGGGGGGUAAGGAGGGAGACGAGGAGGACAGAAGGAUGGGCCAAAGUGCAGUGGGUCAGAAGGUGCGUGUGGAGGAGGAGCUGGAGGCUUAUCCCACUGAGUCUGUGGAUCUGCGCUGUCAGUUCAUCGACGGGGGAGGAAAGACCAAGCUCACACAGGUGUCCUGGAUCUGGGAGCCCAUAGACGGACAGCGGGACAACAUCGCCGUGUACCAUCCCACGUACGGACAGAGUUUUCCAAACCCGGAAUUCAAGGACCGGGUGGUGUUUCUGCACAACAGCCUGGAAAACCCGUCCAUCCGCAUCUCCGACCUCAAGAUGGCCGACGCCGGACGCUACACCUGUGAAUACGCCACCUACCCCACGGGCAACGAACAGGGCACCACCACCCUCAUCAUGCUGGCUAAACCGAAGAACGCCGCGCGGGUGGUGACGGUGGAGGCGGGGCCCAAAGCGGUGGUGGUGGCGCGCUGUGAGGCUGUGGAGGGGAAGCCCGCGGCCAGUAUCCGGUGGCUGGGCUCCGUGGGGGGGAACCACUCCACCAGCAGCACCAGCGGACCGGACGGGACUGUGACGGUGAGGAGCGAGUACAGGCUGGUCCCUACGGCCGCAGACAACGGCAGAGAGCUCACCUGCCUCGUGGACCAGAGGACACAAGACCAAACCUGGGUCUACCCCAUCAAACUCUCUGUGGAAUACCCGCCCUCAGUCUCCAUCGAAGGCUACGACCACAACUGGUACGUGGGCCGAUCGGACGCCACGCUCAUGUGUCUCGCCAACGCCAACCCCGCCCCCACCACCGUCACAUGGACAUCCGUCUCCGGACCGUUACCAGACUCUGUGGUCGUGGACGGGAACAAACUGACCGUGCGUAAAGUGGACGACGCCGUCAACACCACCUUUGUGUGCGAAGUCAAGAACAAACUCGGGGCGACCAAGAACCAGAUCACCACCAUCGUCAUCGAAUCCCUCGAGGACCAAUCCAGCGCCGGCGUGGUGGCGGGGGCGGUCAUCGGCUCCCUCCUCGCGCUCUUUCUGGUCAUCGGCCUGGUCACCGUGCUCCUGACCCGUAGCCGCCGCCAGCAGAGACGGGGGUAUCCGAGCAGCGGGGACUCCAUCGCGACCGGGAGCGGCGGCAGCAACGGCGGCGACUACGGCAACAAAGCGCGCCUCCUCUUCAGCCAGUCGGGAAACGGGAGCAGCAAUAAAAACGGAACGGGGAACAAUAACGGGCCGAUGUACACGUACAGAGAGGGGUGCGACGCCACGGGGACGCUCACCGAAAACCACCACCACCUCCAUCACCACGUGGCCCCGAACCCCGCCGAUAUCCUCCUCACCAACGACAUGGACGAAGCGGAGAGGAGGAAGUUCGCGAUGGACGACAGCAUGGACGAAGAGGAGCGGUUCGACAGGUUCGGGGGCAUGCGGGGCGGCGGGACCUCGAUGCAGCCGGCCUAUCCCAUCGCUCACAGGGGGCGUAACGACGAAGAGGAGCUGGAUGUCUACCUUGAUGACGAUAUGGAGUCGCAAAGAGAUGGUUCGGUGAUAUCACGGACUGCGAUUUACGUGUGAACGGAUUUGGAUAAUGGCGGAAUGUAGAUAUAGGGUACAAGACUUGAAAAGUGCAAGAAACGAGGCGCCUGAUUUGAUUCGUCAACAUUGGCUACAAGCUCAAUAACCAACAAACUCAGCGUCCACACGUGUAGCCUCGUCUUAUCAGGAGAGGGACUAAAGCUAACGAGAAUGUUUUGUGAUGUAACCGUGCUGUAUCAUUCGGAUGGAUAUAUUCGUUGUCAGGCAAAAAUAAAGUCAAAAAAUCGAAGCAAACCAAGAAAACUGUCGCCGCUUACGCUACAUCGUCGUCUUCUUCUGCUUUCGCGAUCUGUGACAACGUGCGGAGUAUCGUUUCGUAUUUUAUAUUGAACUGUACAAACCCAGUCGCCUAUUCGGAAAAAAAACUGCCUUCAUCGAACUUGUGUACACGUCAUGGCGCCCUCUCUCGUGGACCACCGGUCGUACCGCGUCGAACAUCACAUCGAAACCGCAUCCGCUGACGUCGCUUCGGGGGGGGGAAAAAAACAACACUUGGAAAAACACGCGCGCAGCUCCG